UUCUCUGUGAGGAUGCUGCCGUAGAUGUACAGUACACAGCGGUUUAUAUACACCUGUAUAUAUCUGAGAGGAUGCUGCGACGAGUCUCCAGUUUGUGUCUGAGUCAAAGCUUGAAGGUGAAACUGGUUCGCGCUGGUUUCCAGUUCACCGCCGACCUUCUCCCCCCGAACCCCCAGAAGCUCAGCGCAGAGGCCGGACUGUCUGAGCAGGAGACCCUAGAGCUGCUGCAAGCUGUGCAGAACGGAGGAGGAGGAGGAGGAGGAGGAGGAGCAGCAGCCCCUCUCACAGCUCUGGAGCUCCUGCACAAGGAGGAGGAACUCGGGAGCAUCAAGACAUCCUCCUCACAGCUAGACGACGCUUUAGGAGGAGGACUUCCUCUGGGGAAGACAACGGAAAUCUGUGGAGCUCCAGGAGUUGGAAAAACCCAGCUGAGUCUGCAGGCAGCGGUGAACGUGCAGGUGCCGCGCUGCUUGGGAGGACUGGAAGGUCAGGUGAUGUUCAUGGACACGGAGGGGAGCUUCGUCCUCCAGAGAGUGGUAGACAUCGCUGCCGCCACCGUCACACACUGCUCUCUGCUGGCUGGAGACCAGGACCAACGAGCUGCCAUGGAGACGUUCACCGUGGAAACCAUCCUGUCCAACAUCUUCCUGGUGCGUUGCCAUGACUACGCGGAGCUGCUGGCUCAGCUCCACCUGCUGCCAGAGUUCCUGAGGGACAGGCCGAAGCUCCGCCUCCUGGUGAUCGACAGCGUGACCUUCCCGUUCCGACAGCAGCUCAAUGACCUCUCAUUGAGAACACGCAUCCUCCAGGGCCUCGCUCAGCGGCUCAUCGCCAUGGCAACGUCUAACGACGUGGCCGUGUUAAUCACCAACCAGAUGACCACCCGGCUGCGGGGCGGCCAGGCCCAGCUGGUGCCGGCCCUGGGGGACACCUGGGGCCACGCCCCCAACGUCAGGCUGGGGUUACACUGGGAGGGCUCCCAGCGGGUGGUGGCCGUGUUGAAGUCUCCAGGUCAGCCCAAUGCAGCUGUUCCCUACCAGAUCACCUCCGAGGGCUUCAGAGACGCUCACCAAUCAGAGCAGCUGCAGCGCAAACGGCCCCGAACUCACACAGACCAAUCAGCUUCCAGCUCCAUAAACACCAGCAGGUGAUUGGUCAGAGGCUUCCAGACAUUUACAGACUUCUGUUUUUUCCGUCUCCGAAACAACCAUGAAAAUAGUUGGUCACAAUAAAUUAAUUUCACCUUUAGUUUGGUAGUUUUGUUUGAUUCCUGCAGAUGGAGACGGAGCAAUUUUACACCUCUUCACCUGUCCUCGUAUUUCUGAAAAGACACAUUUUGAUGAGUGAAAAAACGUACUAACAUGUUUGUACAACAUGUUUAAACCACCAGGUGACUAUCCGGACUGAAACUGAAUGCAUUUACAGGACUGUUAGAAUAUUGUGAUAAAGUUCUUUAUUUUCUGUAAUGCAAUUAAAAAAAACAAAAAUGUCAUACAUUCUGGAUUCAUUACAAAUAAACUGAAAUAUUGCAAGCCUUUUAUUAUUUUAAUAUUGCUGAUUAUGGUUUACAGUUUAAGAUUAAGAUUCCCAGAAUAUUCAAAUUUUUUGAGAAAGGAUAUUUGAGUUUUCUUAAGCUGUAAGCCAUGAUCAGCAAUAUUAAAAUAAUAAUAAAAUAAUAAUAAAAAUAAUAAUUUCUGAGACAGUCCUGUAGAUUACUAGGAAUGACACUUGAGAGAGAUAGAUUUAAUUAAUCGGUUGCAUGCAAGUGCGUCAAAACAUACAUCAGGGAUCUCGAUGCAGGAAUGACACGGAAUAAGAAAUGCUAAGGGAUUUUGAACACCACAAAAUAAACUAUGAUUCUGAUAAGCAGGUCAUUGUGACACCAGAUAUUCUUUCAGGGACAAAAUAUGAGUCUGUACCCAGGCCAAGGCCGAUAUUUCCAUCACUAUUCCAGUUUUUUUUUUUAAACUACAAAAACUAAUCAUGAAGUGUGAUAUAAUGAGUCCUCUGUGCCAGCGUCAGCCCCGUUAGUGAGUCUGACACCUUUGUCAGCCCUUUCAACAACUACUGAGGUGAUCUUCCUCUCAAAGAGAUCCACUAAAACGUGAUGUUAGCACGGCUCAUGCAGAGUUAGAAAAGUUAGUUUCAACAGUUCAAUAGUGUUAGCAGCAUACUUGGAUAAGGAAUAUACAAAAAUGGAAAAUGAGCUAAAGAAGACAUUGGAAGUUAUUUUGCACUUUUAUUCUGAAUAAUAGCCUAUAUAUUCAGCUUGUUAAUAGUUUUGUGUUAUUUAUUUCAGAGGUCAUUUAGAAAGGAAAAAAAGGC